GUAAAUGAAAAAUGGGUGGAAAAUAUCAACGCCUUGCCUCUGAAGCUGGUUCCAAGACGUUCAAAACUGGUCUUUUCUCCUAUCUUUUCUUUACCUGGUUAAAUGGGCUCCUGAGAUUGGGAUACCAACGACCUCUCGCUCAUGACGAUCUGUUGGAGCUGUCUGACGAAAACAAGGCACAAGAUCUAGUGGCCAAGUUACACGUGUUAUGGAUGGAAGAGAUUAACAGUGCUAAGAAGAGAGGCAGAAAACCCCGACUUUGGAAGGCCAUGUUCAAACUAUUCCUUCGAGAUGUCAUUCUCUUUACUGCUUUGAAACUGAUGGAUGAAGCUAUGGGGAUAACUUUGGUAGUAUCAGUGUGGUUUUAUCUAAAGCUCUUAGAAGAAGGAUCCCACAUGGAUCAGACCUACGCUGUUGGUAUAGUUGCUAGCAUUGGGAUUCCAAGUCUGAUUAAGGUGUUCUUCUAUCAUCAUUCUGAUUACUUGGCUGUGUUGAUGGGUGUGAGAUUGAAAAGUGCUGUUAUAGGAUUGAUCCAUAAAAAGGUGAGGUGA